CGCGCGCGCACACUCAUCGGAGUCACUCUGCUUCCAGGCAUCGGGCUGCCUUCUCUCCUCCUGAAUAUCUCAGAUGAACAGUCUGAAGGACGCCGUCAGACCUCUCCUGCCCGCGCACCUCCAGGAGGAAACAAACUGUGUGUUUGUUGUUGUUGUGUCGCUGUUUACUCCACAGUUUCCUACCCGGUGAUUCUGGAUUUACGGAGAAUUGGAAACAGCGUAGGCGCGUAACUCCCGAAAUCAUGGAAUUAUGGAUAAAGUUGAUGUUGCUGUGCAGCUGCAGCUUUGGAGCAAGUGCAGACUUCGAUGGCAGGUGGCCACGGCAGAUGGCAUCAUCCAAUGGCCUGUGUCGAUAUGGGGCCCGUGUGGACUGCUGCUGGGGAUGGACUCGUCGCUCCUGGGGUCACUGCCAGCCUGUGUGCCAGCCUGGCUGUAAGCAUGGAGACUGCGUGGGACCCAAUAAGUGCAAGUGCCAUCCUGGUUUCACUGGGAAAACCUGCAAUCAAGAAGAGGCGCUGGACUAUUUAACCCCACCAGUGUGGGCCAGUCACCUUCCUAUCUUUCUUCCCGUGGACCAUCAGCCGGCGAGAGUUGUGAUGGAGGACCUGAAUGAGUGCGGGCUAAAGCCAAGGCCCUGCAAACACAGGUGCAUGAACACGUAUGGGAGCUACAAGUGUUACUGCCUGAAUGGCUACAUGCUGAUGCCUGAUGGGACCUGUGGAAACGCUCGCACUUGUGGUAUGGCCAACUGCCAGUAUGGCUGUGAGGUGCUGAAAGGAGAGGUCCGAUGUCAGUGUCCGUCGCCGGGGCUACAGCUGGCUCCGGAUGGGAGAACCUGUGUGGAUGUGGAUGAGUGUGCAGCAGGGAUAGCAGUGUGUCCCAGGUUCAGGAAAUGUAUCAACACCUUUGGUAGCUACAUCUGCAAAUGCCACGAAGGCUUCGACCUGCAAUACAUCAACGGAAAAUACCAAUGCAUAGAUGUGGAUGAGUGCUCUUUAGGUCAAAGCCACUGCAGCAGCUUUGCCACCUGCUACAACACGCCGGGCUCAUACAAGUGCAAAUGCAAAGACGGCUACAGGGGGAUGGGCCACGACUGUAAACCCAUCCCUAAAGUGGUUAUUGACCCCCCGAGACCAGGCAAAGUGCCUCCAAAUCAUCACAACCGCAUCCCAGACUUGGAUCAGCAGAGGACCACCACCACUCGCCCACCAGUCACUCCAAAGAUAAUCUUCCCUAAAUUGCUGCCAACCACCACAACUACAACCAAGGCGCCCCGCCCAAGGGUGACCCCAUCGCAACACAAGCCGUUGGUCCCCACCCGAAAGCCCUUCAUACCCACCCGAAAGCCACCAGUACCCACCCGAAAGCCACCAGUACCCACUCGCAAACCCUACAUCCCAAGGCCAGCUGUUCCCACCAGACCACCCUUGCCACUGCCACCGGUCACACCAGUGGACAAUACCAUCCAGAAGGAGGUCACCAAGCAGAGAGGGGAUGUUCACAUCCCCCGGAACCCCAGUGGCAACACAGUCCUCGACAUCGACUUUGACAUUGAGCUCGGCAACACGGCAGACGAAGCCAAGGAUGACCCAGAGUCGGGGUAUCUGAGCUGCUCCUUUGAUGAUGGUCUUUGUGGCUGGAUCAGGGACAAAGACGGGGACCUGCACUGGGAGACGACGCCUGAUCCGUCAGGUGGACGCUACCUAACGAUACCCGAAGCAGGAAACAAGAGGACUGGACGAGGAGCGCGGCUGGUCCUCCCCCUUACCCCUCCCUGGAAUGACGGCAAUCUGUGCUUGUCAUUCCGGCACAAGCUGGCAGGUCACCAUGUGGGAAUGCUCCAAGUGUUUGUGAAGAAGGGAAAGCAGUACAGUCCAGCAGUCUGGGGUCGAACAGGUGGAAAUGGCUGGAGACACACCCAGAUCACAUUAUGGGGCACAGGCCUGGAAAGUGUGAUCCUGAAGGGGGAGCGGGGGCGAGGCAGGAGCGGAGAGAUGGCCGUGGACGACAUAACCUUGAGGAAAGGCUCCUGCACAGAGGAGCACAAUCUGAGGAGACUUUGACUGACAGAACAGGGUGAGGCAGAAAGAAAACAAGAGAGAAACUCAUCUCAAAGAGAACGGACUCUGUUGUGACCCCCCCCUCUCCCCGCUCUCUCUCUCUCUGCCUGGGCACUCACUGAUCCCUCCCUAAACCCCUCAGCCGUCGUGUAAACAAAAUCCCCCGAAUUCAUGCGUCUGCAGAACAGUGGGUUUCUCUCACUCGGCUGUCCGUUAAUAAAAGGACCGAACCUGUCCUCGUGGGUGGAUCCCAGCAGCACAUCCCCAGUCCUCUCAGCUUCCAUCUCACUCCAUCACCUUGUUACUCUAAAGUGUGCAUGUACCUACUCACCAUGGAAAUGUCCUCCACCUAACAGCACUGGCAGCCUUCCAGCUGCACCGCUGAUAGGCCCACGCUCACUUCAUUUCUUCCUGGAGAGAGGAUUGUUCCUUUAUUUAGGGAGCCCGCUUUUGCUUUGCUUUGAUCCUUUAUCCACAAGCCAUUGCUUUUUUAGUUGCUUAAUGGUGAAAACAUGUGGCCAGGGGUGCAUUUUGUGACUGUUUUGAUCAGCAAAAAAAAAAGAAGAAACAAGCGGUAGAUUUCUUUUGGUUGGAGAUUUAAAAAAUGUACAUAAAAUACAAAUUUUAUUUGUCAAAAUUGAAUUGUUUCUAAUGCAGAUUUCUUUCAAUCUGAUGUAGGCCCACAGCAUAACACCAAAAGUCAGUUUACCGCUAAUUUUGCUGGUCAAAUGUGAGUUGUUUUUCGUUUUUAAUUACCGGCUACUGUUCGAUAGCACAGCUUUGUCUGAAAGGUCCUUUUUGUUGCCACAGCAUUUCAAAGACCUGCUUGGUCGCAGAAAGUUAUUUAGAUAUUUAGCAUCUUUUCUAUCGUGUUAUUGCCUGUUGAGGUUGGUUAAACUCUGCGAUCAUGUUCUUCAGAUACUUGAAACGUGUAAAACAGAAUCAUUGUACGAUUUUCGAGUCAACUGAAAAGUUACUUUUUAUUAUACACUUUGUGCUUUGUUAUAUUAAGUGCAGUUUGUUAUAAAGAUGAUGACACCAACACCUUUUUAGGUUUUCACAAAUUGUAUUAUUGUAAAUGUAGUUGUGUGUACAUACUCUAAACAAUCCCAUUUGUUGUGUGGUUUAUAUGUUAUGUAAAUUCAUACUUAGAUAUUGAUUGGAUUUCAGCUGGUUGAUAUUUCAACUUUUAAGGAAAGAGUGUGUACACAGAUCAAAACCUUGUGUAGUGCAAGGCUGUUUAAAGUGUCCAAAAAUGUGUGUCUUCAUAUGAUAUAAAGCUCUGUUUGUAACUUGCUAAGCACAUAGUUGCAUAUUGUACGAUGUGAUAAUGAAGGGCAUUGUAAAGGUUUUCUGUGUGCAUGGUUGCAUUUACCAAAUUCAGAAUUAUCCAGACCAGUAUGUAAAUAAAAAAAAAAAUUUGAAUGGCGUGUUUAAAAAAACAACAACAAAAAACCAAAAUUGGCUUACUUCCAAAGACGGACAUCUUAGGUGAUUGGUGAUUCUAAAUUAGCUGUAGGUAUGGAUGUUUGAGACAAAUAAAGGUUUUACA